AAUGACAGUUGCGACAUCUCAGGCUGGGACGUUUACUGAGACUGCAGGGCUGAGCUUGUUCCACAGGAAGCCAGUCUGGAUUAUUUUUUUCCACUGAGUCUACUGGGCAGAAAUAUUUGAGAGAAUAUAUCAGAGUUUGGAUCCAUUAGCAUGGCAUGUGGUUGGAUUUAAAGUCUACUUUGGACAUUUGCUCAGCCUUCAGGAAACCGUUGGCGUGGCUUCCUAACUCAGACUACGACAGCAGGCUCGGAAUGUAGAUCGUUCCCGGCGACUGAAGUGAGAAACACGUCGUGCAGAGCUUAGAUGGACUUGGUCCUGAAUAGCGACUCACAACUGACCUGAAAGACUUGAGGGAAGCUGUCAAAGAAGAAAUGGAUGUGUUUGGUGGUGCACCCCGCUUCUUAGCCUACCCAAGACCUGUAGUGGUCCAAAGUGGGACUGAUGCAGUUCUUAAGUGUCAGAUAGGAGGCGAUCCACGACCUGCUGUUAUCUGGGAGCGAAACAACGAAAAGAUUGACCCUCAUGGACGAUACAGGGUUUUUGAAGACGGGAAUGUUUACAACCUUAUCAUUACAGCUGUUACUAUCGAGGACAGUGGCCAAUACAUUUGCAAAGCUAAGAAUAGCAUCGGGGAAACAUAUGCAGCCGCCACCCUAAAGGUAGAGGGUGAGGCUCAGGAAUUGGAGCUUAGAGAGGAAAAUAAACCCCGUUUCCUCAUUAAGCCUCUUUCAACUCGUGUUGGACGUGGGGAAGAUGCUGUCUUCUCCUGCAAGCUUUGGGGAAACCCACGACCAGAAGUCGUCUGGGAAAAAGAUGGCAGAAAACUCAACGAAAUAUUUGAGAGCACACAUUUCAGUGUGGGCUACCAGGAUGGAGGAUGGUUUCAGCUUAAGAUCUUUAAGACUCGAGCUCCGGACGGUGGGGUGUAUACCUGUAAAGCUCGAAAUGAGUUCGGGGAAGCACUUGCAGGAGCUGUGUUGCUUGUCGAUGCAGGUCCUGGACAUGAAGAAGAAGGAAACCGUAAUGGCUACACCAAUGGACAUUGGAAAGGCCAUCAAGGAAAACAAAGGAUAGGUAGACAAGUGCCAACUCGGCUAAAGGAUGACGGAUUGACAAAAUCUACUAAAGUAAAAAUGUUUGCUGUGACUGAGGGGAAGCAUGCCAAAUUCCGAUGCUUUGUUACUGGAAAACCCAAACCAGAGAUAAUCUGGAGAAAAGACGGUAGACUUAUUCUCUCUGGAAGGCGUUACUUGUUAUAUGAAGACAGAGAGGGGUACUUCACACUCAAAGUUCUGUACUGCAAGCAAAAGGAUAAUGGAGUUUAUGUCUGUGCUGCAUCAAAUACUGCAGGGCAAACCCUCAGUGCUGUACAUCUCUCUGUCAAGGAGCCACCUGUCCGGUUUAAGCAACCUCUCUAUGACCUUGAAGUUUGGGAACGGGAUUUAGCUGUUUUAGAGUGUGAAGUUCCAGAAGACUCUGUUCCAAUCACAUGGUAUCUAGAGGACCGACGACUGCAGCCAGGGGCCAAAUAUGGAAUGGAGGAGUGGGGAACAAAACGAAGAUUGACAAUCCGUGACAUUGGAGUUGAUGAUGAUGGAAUUUACCUCUGUGAGAUGCCUGAUGGUGGUAGAAGUAUAGCAGAGGUGGCUGUGAAAGGUACCAUUUUGCGAAAGCUUCCAAGGAAAGUGGAUGUCUUGGAAGGUGAAAAUGCAGCCUUUUGUGUGGAAGUGGAAAAAGAAGAAAUGGACAUACAUUGGUACAAGGAUGGCAUUGAGCUUCGUGAAACCCAUCAGACCAUUCUUAAGUCUUUUGGUCGAACUCAUAUUCUGGUUUUUGUCAAUACAAUGCCCCAAGACUCUGGCCUUGUGACCUUUCUUGUUGGCAGGUCCAAGACAUCAUCUCAGUUAAGAGUGAAAGCGGCCCGUCAUUGUCCUCCAAGUUGUCCGGUGGGAGUUCAGAUCAACACAGAGCGCGCUAAUGCAGCUCUUCUCUCAUGGGUUCCUGCUCCAGAUUCACGAAAGAACCCCCCAUCUGGUUAUGUGCUUGAACGACAAGAAGUAGGCACUGGUUCACAAGAGUGGCUGCAGUGUCUGACCACUGACUCUGCAACCUCAGUGGAGAUCCUUGGUGACAGUGUUCCAUGUGAAGCAGACUAUCGUUUUCGCAUUUGUAGUGUAAAUAAAUAUGGAAAAAGCAAUAAUGUUGAGUUUCCAAGAACUGUUCACCUAGUUCCUGUAGCCAGAAUUCAAGCUCCUUUACAGGAUGCCUUGGUCCCAGAGGGACAAGAUGCUGUUUUCACCAUUGAGCUUUCUGCUUCGGUUAUUGGUACAUGGUUCUUAAAUGGUACGCAGCUUCAAGAUGAUGAGCGUUACUCUGUCCGCCGCUCAAGAACACACCAGUCACUUCGUAUUCGAGGAGUACGUGAUACAGACAAUGGAGCGGAGAUAACAUUCAUUGCUUAUGGCAUCCGAGAUUCAGCAGCCCUGUACAUCCAAGCUCCUCUGGUUAAGUUCUCACCACUGUCGGAAAUGGAUCGAAACAAGUUUGUAGAGGUUGGCAACCCGAUUGUGCUCUACUGUGAGCUCUCAGACAGUGCUGCUCCAGUUAACUGGUACAAGAACGGCAUUGAGUUAAAAAGUAUGGAAGGUCUCCAUAUUCAAUCUGAAGGCACAAUGAGACGAAUUGUCAUCCAGUCUGCAGAUUUCUCACACUCAGGAGUGUACUGCUGUGAUGCUAUUGAUGACGUAAUCAGGUUUAACGUUGAAGUCGAGGCCCCACCCGUGAGGUUUUCAGCAGUACCAGACUCCGAAAGGAACAAAACUAUCCAAGCAGGCUGGCCAUUUGUUUUACAGUGUGAGCUCUCAGAUCCCUCUGCCCAGGUGCACUGGUACAAAGAUGGAUCAAAACUCCAUCAUCAAAAUGGAGUAGAAGUUAAAGCUGAAGGCUUAAUGAGGAAACUGGCUGUCCAUUCAGCAGAAGUUGCACACUCUGGCUUGUACUGCUGCAAGACAAAGGGUGAUGCCAUCACUUUCAGUGUGGAGAUCACAGCUCCACCAAUGAAGUUCUCAGCUAUUCCUGAAGAUAUGAAGAUCAAGUUGAUCGAGGCUGGCAGCCCUAUAGUACUCCAGUGUGUGGUGUUGGAUCCUGAAGCCCAGGUUUGCUGGUACAAGGAUGAAAGGAAGCUUAUAUCCACCUUUGGAUUAGAAAUCCAUUCAGUGGGAAACACAAGAACAUUAGUUAUUCAGUCUGCAGAGCUCUCCCACUCUGGUUUGUACAGAUGUGCCACACAGGAUGAUACCGUGGAUUUUCAAGUGGAGAUCAAAGCUCAACCUGUGACAUACUCAACUAUCUUUGAUGGUGAGAGAGCCGAGUUACUUGAAGUGAGCAAACCUCUGAAGCUGGAAUGUGAGGUUGCAGACUCCACUGUCCAGGUCUGCCGGAAUAAAGAUGGUAAAAAGCUCUACCCGCAAAAGGGUUGGAAUACAGAAAGUAAUGGCACGUCAACGGGACCCAUUUUCCCAUCCACUGAGCUCUUGAACUCAGGAAAAUGGUGCCAAACCACUGAUGCCACUAUCCACUUCUCUGUGGAUAACAAAGCUCCAACAUUGCCUCGCCACCGGGAGGUUGGGGGGUCCCAGACUCUUGAGGAAACCUGUCCAAAAAAAACAGUUGGUGAAAGCUUAGACCCUGCAAGCCAGGUGUCAUGGCAAAGAGAUUCAGAAUCCUAUUCAAGCAUGAAAUAUGAUUUUGAAAUGGGAGACAUCAAAGAAGCCCUUGUUGUUGAACCAGCUCAUCCUUCAAACUCUGGAGCAUACUAUUGCACAACAGCCAAUGAUGUGACCAAAUUAUUAGUAGACAAUCAAGUGUCCCCUCCAACAUAUGUACUUGACCCUGGAGAGAAGACCAGGUCAACUGAAGAACACUAUCCAAUUGUUCAGCAGUUUGAGAUUUCAGACCCUAUCGCUAAAGCUUGCUGGUACAAAGAUGGAACCCAGAUAUAUCCGAAAACAGAAGCUGGCAGUGAAGAGCACAGUCAAAUCUUGCCCCUUGGGUCCCAACACUUGUCUGAUAAUGACAGGUUUGGCUGUGAUGCAUCUGAUGGUGUACAGUUAAAAGAGGACAUGAAAGCAGGACAGUGUCACUCGGGUGACGAGAUUGGUGAUGUAGCUGAUGCAUCAGCCCAAAAGUCUAUGGAAGUCAAAGCUACAUCGCCAAGACUCUCUUCUGACCAAGAAAGGAACAAGUCUACAGAAGACGCGUACUCUGACCAAGAUAUCCAGAUGUCCUCAAAAUGCAACUCUGGCAUUUUCACUGGAAAUGGGAGAAAUAAGUUCGAUGCUGAGUAUAUGCCAACCUCUCAGCCAACAAGUGAUUUUACUUUUGACUCCAGUACCAUGAAAUCCUGUCUUAAAUUUAUGCAAACUGAACUGGACUCAGAGGACUCAUCAAUGAAGAUAAACCACUCUGCAAAUAAGCCAACUAAGCAACUAGACUCAGGUAACCUCCAUAAGACUUUAAAUGCCAUGAUGGAGAGUUCAAGCAUCGCACAGGCUUCAACAAUACAAGAAGGCAACUUUUGUGCACUCUCAGAAAAUGGAACUCUUGAACAAGAGGAAUGGUUUGAACCCUUAAAAUAUUCAAAUGUGACAUCAGAGGAGACCUCACAUUCCAUACAGACCACUGCUGUCCAGCAAGAAAAGGCUUAUGGUUCCAUACAACUAUCAGCUGCUUUUCCAGGAAAGCUUCUAGACAGUGCAUUGUCUAACAAUGUCCCGGUUUCACGGCCCAAUAACUGUUUAAGGACAUCAUAUCACCAGUCAGAGGAGCCAAAUCCAGCCAAACAGUCAUUUAUUGCACUCUCAGAGAAUUUGUUUAAUGCAACAUCAUUUGAUUUGUGUACGGAUAAUAAGCCUCAAAAUGUCCAAUAUGACCAUCUUAAGUCAACAUCAUAUGGCAAGUUGGACAAUCUUACUUACACAGAACAGACAGUAUCCAACCUUUCAGAGUUUCUAGGUCUGUCAAGUAAUCGAAAAACUGUCCAACAGCAUUGCAAAAACAUGGAGACAACUGAAGACCAAAUGGACCAGACAAGCAGCUAUGGUGAAAGUUCUACUACUUACUUUCCAGACCUUUCUAAUUCCAAACAGACUUCUACGGGACAGCCAGAGAUGAUGUUUCUCUCGAGAACAAAUGACAGUCAUUGGAGUGACAGUGUAACUGCUAUUAAGGUGGCUUUUGAAGGUGACUUCAAUGCAUCCUCAACCCUGCCUGUGAGAAUCACAACACUUCCUGAGGCUGAGAAGAACAAGGCUGUUGAAGUUGGUGAGCCCAUUGAGCUACGAUGUGAAAUAUCUGAUCCUAACGCUCAAGUAACCUGGUUUAAGGAUGGAAUAGAAUUAUCAGAAGAUUCCAAGCAAACUAUGAUCACAGAGGGCUCCAUCAGAACAUUGGCAUUCCAGUCAGUGAUGCUGUCUGAUGCAGGGAUUUACUGCUGCAAGACAUCAGAUGAUUCAGUGGAGUUUUAUGUGGAUGUCAAAGCUCCUCCUUUGACAUUUGCAACUUUAUCUGAGGCUGACCAGAAAAUGACAGUAAUAGCUGGCUCUCCCAUAGCUCUACAAUGCGAACUGUCAGACCCAUGUGGACAAGUCAAUUGGUACAAGGAUGGAAGAAAGCUGCUAGCUCAAAGUGGAGUAGACAUCCAGUCACAGGGAAAUUUGAGAAGUUUGGUUGUGCCAUCCGCUGAGCAAGCUCAUACUGGUGUGUACCGGUGCGAGUCAAAGGAUGAUGACAUCCAGUUCUCUGUGGAAGUAAAAGAACCUAUAGGAGUACCUGUGAGGUUCUCAAAGCUGCUAGAGGAGGACAGGAACCGGUCCAUUGAAGAAGGGAAACCUAUUGUCCUUAACUGUGAACUCUCUCAUGACCCUUCAGCUCAUGUCGACUGGUAUAAGGAUGGCAUAAAACUCACUUCUGGGGACAAUAUGGAAAUUAAGUCAGAUGGUCUGUCAAGGACCCUACUCAUCCCAUCGGCUCAAAGCAUACAUGCUGGUAUCUAUGAGUGUUCAACAUCAGAUGACAGUAUUGCCUUUAAAGUGGACAUAAAAGGCCAAUCACCAAGGAUUUUGGCAAGCCCACUAUCAGAAAAAUACAAGCUGAUUAGAAUUGGUUCUCCAAUAAUCUUGCAGUGUGAGGUUUUAGACCCUGCUGCUCAAGUUUCAUGGUUAAAAAAUGAUGUGGAACUUUUUUCCAAAACAGGCCUUGAUAUGAAACGAGAUGGCACUCUGAGGAAGUUAAUAAUUCACUCAGCUAAGGUCUCUGAUUCUGGCCUCUACAGCUGUAGUCUUGCUGAUGAGGCUGUGACCUUUCAUGUGAACAUUGAAGCUACUCCUGUGAAGGUUUCAAAGCUACCAAAGGUUGCAAGAAACACAUUAGUAGGAACAAGCUGCCCAGUUAAGCUACAGUGUGAAGUCUCAGAGCCAGCUGCUCAAGUUUACUGGCAUAAAGACGGAGAACAAGUUUUGGCAACAAGUGAAUAUGAAAUCCAAACGAGUGAAAAACUGGCAGCGCUGAUAACUCAGUCAGCAGAAGUCAGUCACUCUGGGUUUUACAGCUGUGAGGCUCCAGAUAACCACAUAAAUUUCAAGGUGGAUGUUGCAGCUGUUCCAGAGGCUGAGAAGGGCAGUUCUGUUGAGGCAGACAACCUGAUCAAAGUGCAUUGUGAGAUCUCAGACCCUGCAGUCCAGACCCGCUGGUAUGAGGACGGGAUAGAACUCUUGCCGAAAUCGAAUGUAGAGUUGGAAUCAGAGCCUAAUGAAGGAGCUCUGGUCAUGGAGGCGGCCCUGUCAUCAUACUCUGGGGUUUUUCAUUAUAAAGCUGAUGAUGAUGAUGAUGAUGAUGAUGAUGGUGAUAAAGAUUUCAAGGUGAAAGCGCCGCCAGUAACAUUUGCUGAUGUCCCAGAGAAGGACCUUUUUCGUAGUGCUGUGGAACAAGAGCAGCUUGUUCUGUCAUGUGAAAUAUCAAGGACUGAUGGUGUUGUCCAGUGGUACAAAGAUGGGGCUGAAAUACAACAAGGCAGUAAUAUCAGAAUGGAAGCAGAGGGCGCAAAGAGGAAUCUGAUUAUAAGUGCAGCUCAACUGUCUGACAGCGGCACGUACACAUGCCGUACAGGAGAUAGCAUUUUAAUAUUUAAGGUCACCAUCAGAGAGCCUCCUGUGAUGAUAGUCUACCCCAAGGAAGAUGUCCACCUUGACCGUCAUGUCCCUGAGGAAAUUAUUCUGAGCUGUGAACUGUCUCGUCCUAAUGGUGUUGUUGGCUGGUUUAAGGAUGGCCAAAAGCUUCAAGAGAGUGAGAACAUCAAGCUCAAGACAGAAGGCCCUUACCGAAGACUGAGGAUUUGUUCAAGUAGAGUUGAAGACUCUGGGGAAUAUGUCUGUGACACAGCUGAUGAUUCAAUAUUCUUUCAUCUUAAUAUUACAGAACCUCCGGUGCAAAUUAUAUCCCCAAGUCAGACCCAAAUGGAGCUGUGUCAGCAAACCUCUGAACGGAUGGUGCUGAGCUGUGAGAUCUCAAGGUCCAACGCUGUGGUGCGGUGGUAUAGAGACGGACUCGAGGUAGAGGAAAGUGAGAAUCUUAUUCUAGAGGUGGAUGGUGUCUACAGAAGACUUAUUAUACCUGAAACCACUGUCAAAGAUUCUGCAGAAUAUGUAUGUGACACAGGAGAUGAAUCUGUGACAUUCUUUGUUAACAUAGCAGAGCCUCCUGUUCGUUUUAUACGCCCAAGGAAGAUGGCGAGCAGAGUUGAAAAAGUAGUUGGUGAGACUCUGGUUCUUGACUGUGAGGUUUCAAGAUCAAACGCUGAAGUAACAUGGAAGAAAAACGGGGAAGAAAUCGAGGACUCGAGAAAAGUCACAAUCCUUGAAGAUGGCAUCACACGUCAAUUGACUAUUCAUUCUGUAACACAGGAGGAUGCUGGCCAAUAUGUUUGUGAUGCAAAAGAUGAUGUUAUGGAUUUCAACGUUAAAGUGCAAGAAUUGCCUGUAAAAAUUCUUGGUAAAUCUGAUGCAAAGACAGAAAAACAGUUUUUAGUUUCAGAUGAUAUUAUUCUAGUGUGUGAACUCUCAAAAGCCAACGCAUCAGUCUGCUGGUACAAAGAUAACCAGCUUAUUGAUGACACCAAGAAAUACUGUUGCGAAGAGCAAGAUGUUUUUCGCUCCCUGGUUGUCCUUAAUGCAGGACUUCAAGAUUCAGGAGAGUAUACCUGUGAUGCAGGGGAUGAUAAGAUGUCUUUUAACAUCACUGUGAAAGAACCUCCAGUGCAGAUUAUUGGGAACUCAGGAAAUCCAGAGCAUCAUGUGAUGGUAGCCGGAGAUGAUCUUAUUCUGGAGUGUGAAGUGUCCAGACCAAAUGCAGUGGUAGAGUGGAUACGAAAUGGGGUGAUACUCAAACCUAGCAAUCGCAUAAAAAUCGAUAGCUAUGAUGUUGUGAGGAAGCUUGUCCUCUCUGGACUUCAGCGCUCAGACUCAGGAGAAUACAUCUGUGAUGCAAUGGAUGACAAGUUAGUCACAAUUGUGGAGGUGCAAGACCUUCCAGCCAAGUUUAUUAAUAAAAAGGCAAAAAAUAAUAUCUCCGCCUAUGAAAAUGAGAGUGUCACACUGUGUGCCAUUGUGAGCGAUGAAAGAGCUAAUGUCCGUUGGCUGAAAGAUGGCCAGCUGUUGAAUGAGGACAACAUUCACAUCUCCAGUGAGGGUAAAACUCAUAAGCUCACCAUUAAUCCUCUGCAGCUGUCGGAUUCUGGAGAAUAUGUCUGUGACAUAAGCACAGAUGAAAUGUAUUUCAGUCUUUUAGUCAAAGAAAUGAAGGUGAAAUUUAUUAAACGGCUAGAGGAUGUGGUGUCGCUGAGAGGUAAAAAUCUUACAUUACAAUGUGAGGUCAACAAGCCCAAAGGUGAUGUCCAGUGGCUUAAAGGUGGUAAAGAAGUAGCUCCCAGUCAACGAUACACAAUACGAGCACAAGGCAGAGAGCGAAGCUUGACCAUCCACCACCUAAUGGAUGAAGAUGCUGGAGAAUAUGUCUGUGAAUCUACAGACGAUCGAACAGUUGCCACUGUCAAAAUCGAAACCCCCCGUGUUGUCGAGUUCAUAGCUGAGCUUCGUAACAUCACCGUCUGUGAAGGGGAAGAUGCUAUCCUUAAGUGUGUGGUUUCACCAGCUGACACUAAGUUGGUUUGGCGCUUGAAUGGCAAGGAGAUGGCUGGAAAUGAGCGUACAGUCAUAUCCUGCAAUGGGCUGUGCCACAUGCUAUGCAUCAGCAACUGCAUGGUUUCAGAUAGUGGCAGGGUGACAGCUGAUGCAGAGGGGUUGGUGUCAGAAGCAGAGCUACAGGUCCAAGAGCAACAGGCGCUGUUUACGAAGAAAAUGUCGGCAGUAGUAGCUGAAGAGUACAGUGAGGCAAUUCUCGAGGUGGAGGUGAGUCUAGAUACAGCAGACGUGCAGUGGAUGAGACAAGGGGUCCUGAUCCAUCCCGGGGCCAAGUACACCCUGAAACAAAACGGCCUAAAUCACACCCUCACUAUUCAGAAAGUGACUCUGUCUGACCGAGGCACCUACAGCUGCGAAACUCUUCAUGACCGCACACAAGCCCAGCUCACCGUGGAGCCAAGAAAAGUCACAAUCAAGAGGGGGCUAACUGAUAUUAAAACAACAGAGAGAGAAACAGCAUCCUUUGAAGUGGAGCUCUCUCAUUCCAAUGUCCCAGGAACCUGGAUCAGAAAUGGAAUCCAGCUUAAGCCGACGAAUCACUUCCGUAUGAGCGCCAAAGGAGAAGUUCACAGCCUGACCAUCUCCAACCUUUCAGUGGAAGACACGGGGACCUUUGUGUUCUCUGUAGAGAAUCUGAAAACCUCUGCAAGGCUUGUUGUGAAGGAGCCCCCAGUGACUAUCUUUAGGAAGCUGGAGAACCAGAGAGUCCCUGAUGGAUCUGUUAUCUCUUUCGAAUGUGAGCUGUCAAGACACAACGUUGAUGUCAAAUGGAUAAAGGAUGGGGCAGAAAUCAAGCCAAGCAAAGAUGUACGAAUUUAUGCAAUGGGAAGGAAACGCUUUCUUCAGAUAAUGAAGUGUAAUACCUGUGACUCUGGCAUGUACACGUGUGACGCUGGCGAUGCUUCUACAUCCUGCAGAGUGGAGAUCUACGAGCGUGAGCUACUGGUUCUGCAGGACCUUGAAGAUCUGGACAUCCAGGAAGAUCAAAAUGCUGUGUUUGUGUGUGAGAUCUCUGUAGAGGAUGUUCCAGGGGAAUGGUAUAAAAAUGGGGAGCGGAUACAACCCACCAGCACCAUCAAGAUCCGCCAGGAAGGAACAAAACACUUUCUUCUUAUGUGUAAUGUGCGACCAGAAGACUCUGGGGAGAUCAAGUUUGUUGCCAGAAGCGUUGAAUCUGUUGCUUACCUGGAAGUGGAAGAGCUUCCGGUCAACAUUGUAAAACCCCUGCAAGAUACGACUGCCCUGGAGAAGAGCCGAGUCAUCCUGGACUGCACGGUGUCGAACCCAAGAUGUAGCAUCCGCUGGUACAAAGGCAGCAAUGUUAUCCUGCCCUCUGAACGCUUUGAGAUCUCAAGCGAAGGCUGCUACCGCAAACUGAUCAUCCAGCAGGUGGCCUUGGACGAUGAAGGCACAUAUAGUGUGCAGGUUGGAGAAUAUACAUGCUCUGCCAAACUGACUGUGGAAGCCCAGUCUUUGUUGAUGGUCCGGGAGCUGAGAGAUGUGGAGGUCCCGGCCAACGAGGAGGCCUGCUUUGAGUGCGAGGUCUCAUCCCCUGUCCUUAGAUCCCCGGUUUGGAGUCUGAAUGGGGAGCCCCUGCAGCCAAGCUCUCGGAUACGCCUGGAGAAGAUGGGAACGGUGCACAGGCUGACCCUCCGCCAAACCACCCCUGACAUGAGCGGUGUGGUGGAGUUUUUAUCCGGGAAAGCAAAAAGUCAAGCUCAGCUUCGGGUAGUGGGGAAUCCCUGACAGAAAGGCAGAAACUGCACUCCUCUAAUAUAUUGAUAUGCCUGCUUUAAUAAUGUAUUAUUGAUGUUUAUUGUUUGAAAGCGGUGAAAAAGAAGCUUAAAAUAGGCAUGGUUGAUUGUUCAAAGUGAAUCUUUUGUUAAUGUAGAAGCUGAAAAAAAACCUGUAAAUACUGCUGUUUGGUGGAGUGAUUUAACUGCAACUGGUUUAAGUCUAACAAAAAAAUGUAUAUUCAAUAAACAGCUAGAUGACUGGGAUAAUUAAAGACAUGUUUGUGGUUUGGUUCAUGUGAUCCAGGAAAGAUAAAUGAUGUUUAAAAUGUACUAACUGCACCUCUAAAUAAUGUCAAGAAAAAAAAUCCCUUAUUGUGAAUAAUUCUAUAGUUUAGAGCUAAGAGCUAUUUACAGUAGAAAGAAACUAAGAGCUGAAAAAUAAGAAACAAGUUAAGAGCAUUUAUUUGUGAAGUAAUGUAAAAAUAGGAACAAACUACUAAUUAGAAAGAUAGAACACUCCCUGGGUAAGAGUAGCAAGGUUACAGCUAUGGUUCAUAUAAGAAUGACAUCAUUUUUACUCGUCAAAAUAUGGAAAUAUAAUAUUUUUAUUAUAUUUUUUGUUCUGUAUUAAAAUCCCAAAGGUAAAUUAAAUGUUUUUUUCUGAAGAGUCAUUAUAGAUUGAAAGUUCUGUUCGAUGGCUGAAUGGACUAUAUAUUUCUGUAUAUACGUUUUGACUUUUCCUUUUUGUAAAGUGCUUUAAGUAAAACAUUUGUUGUUUUAGUUUCUGUGCUGCUUAAAUAAA